UGUCCCUGGAAGGAAAGCAUUUUGCAAACUACAAAUAGCUGGAGCUGGGUGGGGGCAGUACUAUAGCAUUCAGUCUGAUUCUAGGUGUUAGACAGCAGCACCCUUAAGAUGAGCCAGCAGUUUGUGAAGAGCAAACUUGGAGCUAAUAAAGUGGCUGUUUUCAUAAAACCAACCUGUCCUUACUGUCAGGAAGCUAUAGAGCUUCUGAAGAAGUACACUUUCAAGCCAGGACAUCUGGAGUUCAUUGAUCUCACAGCCAGAAAUGACAUGAGCAGUAUUCAGGAUUACUUCCUACAGUCAACAGGGGCAAGAACAGUCCCCCGUGUGUACAUCGGAGAAGUCUGCAUUGGUGGUUAUUCUGAUCUAGACGCUUUAGAUCAAAAUGGAGAACUUGUACCAAAACUGAAAGAACUUGGUGCUCUAUAGUAGUCCAAAGGACAGAGAUGGCCAGAAGUUUGCCACAGGAGUCUUGGAGAACAAACGUCCUGUCAACCUCCAGUUUCCUUUGCUAAUUCCAUGAGAAACAGGGUUGAGAUAUAAUUACUUUUGAAAAAUGGUCCCUUCUGAAAAAUGCUGUAAUAUGCUGCUGCUCUUCAUCCUGUGUAAUACUUACAGGAGCAAACUUGGAACCUGCUUGGGCAAGCAAACAUUUUACUCUACUCUGAUUUUGUUAAGCAAUAUCAUUGUUCUCUGUAUAGUGCUGUCCAUAAAACCAUGGCCAGCAUUUCCCUUCUCUGUCCAAUUCCCUCUCCAGUUCUUGUGUUCUUUCCCUUAACAUAGCUGCCAACAACUUAAUGCUUUCUUAUUAAUACAAAGAAUCAAUUCAACUGAAUUGUAAGUUGAGACCAUGUAGAGGCCUGUAUCCUGCCAUGUAACUGGUAACAUUACUAUAACCUCUCUUACAUAAGAUGAGGGGAGUGCAAAAGUAAAUACUUAUCAUUUAUCAACAUUCCUCUGUAUCUUGUUCUUUAUUACAGCAUACAGGGAUAAGCAAGAAGUAGCACUCUAGCUAAUGCAUCUGGGUUGGGAAGUCGAGCUUUGAAACCUGGAAGCACCCUCAAAUUACUCCUAACAUUGGCCAAUGUAAGGACUAAAGACAGGAAGGCUGUGCUGGAUAAUGAACUGGGGUGCAAGUGGGAUGGCUGGCAAGUGGAACUGAUUAGAAGCAUUGCCCAAAAUGUGUUGGCUUGAAGUGGCUAACUUUGAAUACCAAGCUCUCACUGCCUUCUACAAGUGCCUACUCCCACAUCCCUUUUUCUCCUUGCCUCUCUUCAGUAGUAAAAGGAAGGGGAGGGCUACCAAUAUUCACUUGUGAAUGACUUGUGUCUACAUUUUUAAUGGCAAAAAACUUCCAUAUAAAGAAGAAU